AUGGAACCGUUUUCCCCAUCCCUCCCUAUUACUCUUAUUCUUUUAGGGAUUCUUCGUUGUCAAGCCGCCAAAGUGGAGAGUGUGAUUGCAGAAGGGGGUGCUUCUCGUUUCAGUGCUUCUUCGGGGGGAGGAGGUGGUAGGGGUGCACCUCAGCACUAUCCCAAGACUGUCGGCAACAGCGAGUUCCUGGGGAAAACCCCAGGGCAAAGCGUUCAGAGAUGGGUUCCUUCACGAAGCACUAGACGAGAUGUCAACUCCAGCAAUGAGAAAGAGAGACACGAUGCAAUCUUCAGGAAAGUGAGGGGCAUACUCAACAAACUCACGCCGGAGAAGUUUGACAAGCUAUGCCUUGAGCUGCUGAACGUGGGCGUAGACUCAAAACUCGUCCUUAAAGGAAUCAUCUUGCUGAUUGUAGACAAAGCCCUAGAAGAGCCCAAGUACAGCUCCCUCUAUGCUCAGCUAUGUCUGCGUUUGGCCGAGGACGCACCAAACUUUGACGGCCCUUCACCCGAGAUCCAAACAUCCCAAAAGCAGAGCACAACCUUCAGAAGACUGCUGAUUUCCAAGCUUCAAGAUGAAUUUGAAAACCGCACCAGAAAUGUUGAAAUCUACGACAAACAUGACAACCCCCUCACAUCGGAGGAGGAGGAGCAGCGCGCCAUCGCCAAGAUCAAGAUGCUCGGAAACAUUAAAUUCAUCGGGGAACUCGGCAAGCUUGACCUCAUCCAUGAAUCUAUCCUUCAUAAGUGCAUCAAAACACUUCUGGAAAAGAAGAAGAGAGUGCAGCUCAAAGACAUGGGCGAGGACCUGGAGUGCCUCUGUCAGAUAAUGAGAACCGUGGGGCCCAGACUCGACCAUGAGAAAGCCAAGUCUCUUAUGGACCAGUACUUUGGCCGGAUGCGCUCCCUGAUGAACAACAAAGAGCUGCCGGCGCGUAUUCGCUUUCUGCUGCAGGACACGGUGGAGCUGAGGGAGAACGCCUGGGUCCCACGGAAGGCCUUUCUGGACAACGGGCCCAAGACCAUCACGCAGAUACGCCAGGACGCUGUUAAAGAUUUGGGUGUGUUCAUCCCCGCUCCCAUGUCUCAGGGUCUGAGGAUGGACUUCUUCCUGGAGAGUCCCUUUAUGCCCAACCGCCUCAAACUGGACCGCGAGACUCUGGGUGGGCUGGCCGAUAUGUUCGGACAGAUGCCAGGCAGUGGGAUAGGCACCGGUCCGGGGGUGAUCCAGGACCGAUACUCCCCAACUAUGGGACGUCACCGCACCAACCCUCUGUUCAACGGUCACAGCAUGGUCCCUCCUCCACCGAACCAGUAUGAGUUGAGCAACAAGUCUUUCACCAAGACCAACCAGGUUCAGAACCAGCAUUUCCUGAACCAGAACCAGAACCACCUGGCCCAGCAGCAGGCUCAGUCCAAAGACCUGCCCCCACGAUUCAGCAAGAAGGGCUCGCUCAACGCAGACGAGAUCAGCCUGAGACCAGCACAGUCGUUCCUGCUCAACAAGAACCAGGUGCCCAAGCUCCAGCCGCAGAUCCCAAACAUGAUGCCCCCUAGUGCCCAACCGCCGCGCACACAGACCCCUCCUCUGGGGCAGCCUCCACAGCUGGGACUGAAGACCAACCCUCCACCGAUUCAGGAAAAACCUCCGAAAACCAGCAAGAAGCCUCCUCCAGCACGAGAGGAGCUCAUCAAGAUGACCGAGGCAAUAGUGACGGAGUACCUGAACAGUAAGAACCUGUCUGAAGCUGUGUGCGCGCUCAGAGAGAUGAAGGCUCCUAAACACUUCCUGCCUGAGCUCCUGUGUAAAGUCCUGCUCUGCUCUCUGGACCGACCUGACCCGGACAAGGAGCACGCCAGCACCCUGAUCCACAGUCUGAGGGCUGAGGGCGUCGUGUCCUCGGAGAACUUCAUGCAGGCGUUCCUGAGCGUGCUGGACCAGUGCCCAAAGAUCGAGCAGGAUAUCCCUCUGGUGAAAUCAUACUUGGCUCAGUUCGCCGCUCGUGCCGUCAUCGCAGAGCUGGUUAGCGUCGCAGAGCUAGCUCAUCCUCUGGAGAACGGGACGCACUUCCCUCUGUUUCUGCUCUGCCUCCAACAAACGGCCAAACUCAAGGACAAAGAGUGGCUCACGGAUCUGUUCACCCAGAGCAAGGUCAACAUGCAGAAGAUGCUCCCAGAAAUCGAUCAGAAUAAAGACCGCAUGUUGGAGAUCCUGGAGGGUAAAGGCCUGAGCUUCCUGUUUCCUCUGCUGAAGCUGGAGAAGGAGCUCCUGAAGCAGAUCACAGCCGACCCCUCGCCUCAGUCCAUCUACAAGUGGAUCAAAGACAACAUCUCCCCCAAACUGCACACGGACAAGGGCUUCGUCAACAUACUCAUGACCAGUUUCCUGCAGUACAUCUCUCAGGAGUUGGGUGUGUCCGAUGGCGAUGAGCAGAGCCCUCCAUCUAAAGAGCAGCUGGAGCAGGAGAAGCUGCUGCUUGUGUCCUUCAAACCUGUGAUGCAGAAGUUCCUCCACGACCACACGGAGCUGCAGGUCAGCGCUCUGUACGCACUGCAGGUGCACUGCAAUGCACAGGGCUUCCCCAAAGGCAUGCUGCUCAGAUACUUUGUGCACUUCUAUGACAUGGAGAUCAUUGAGGAGGAGGCUUUUUUGGCCUGGAAAGAGGACAUCACUCAGGAGUUUCCCGGCAAAGGGAAGGCACUGUUCCAGGUGAACCAGUGGCUGACGUGGCUGGAGACCGCAGAGGAGGAGGAGUCAGAGGACGACGGGGACUGAAAACACGACAGCAGGAGAAGAAACUCAUCAUGGAGAAAGUGACGCGGAUCCGGCAGAGAUCCACCUUCUAUUACUCUACUAUUACAGCACUCUGCGCCUUUAUCGCCCUACCUUUUCCGUUUAUUAAACUCUUCUUUUUGUGCUUAACCACUACGCGCUGCAUACAAACCAAUAGUGCUUCGUAUUCGACGGUAGAUUUCAUGAAUUUAAAAGUGGCUCAGAUAAAUGUGUGGGGUUUUUUUGUUUUUGUAAAAGCAUGCAUUUCUUUUCAAAUAUUACUUUUUUUACUUAUUGAAAGCCCUUCCCUUGACCUAUGACCAUUGAAAUUAAAUUGGUAACCUUUAUCUUUGAUGCUAAAGCUAGAAUUAUGUCAUUUUUGCAUGGGGCGAUUUAUUUAGUAGUUUUAAAUUUAUCAGAUUUAAAUAAAGUAGAAAGUAAGAGUCCCAAUUUUCAUGCAAAUAUUAAGAUUUCAGAUUGUAGGCUGUUGGGAUAGUGGACCAGUGGAUUUUGUUGAUAAAAACGUGAGGUCUUGUAGUGUAGGUAUCUUUGUUAACUAGAGUCUCUACAGCCAUUUUUCUGCUGUUUAAUGUGCUCUGAUUUGCAUAUUCAAUUGGCUUUUGAGUCAGAUGCCAUACCCAGUGCUACCGUCUUCAUUUAUCUACGUUUAGGAUGAGCUUCUUACUGCCCUCUAUUGGUAAUGUCUUCAUAAAUAUUAGCAUGUCAGUAAAGAGUAGCUUCAAAGUUGUUCAUGUUAAUUGGAUGUGACAGUAUUUGGAAGUCAUGUAAACAUUGCUGUAGAGAUUUGUAUAUUAAUUCAAGUGAAAAUUUUGUGUGAUUUAAUAUCCACAAAACAUGAGUUUGUAUUGUAUGUAAUUGUUAAUUGAUAAUUUUUAGUUGUUUUCUUUCAAGGUGGCAUCUACAAACAUUGGCACUCUUCAUUGAAAUUUGAAAAUUGAUAAAUAAUUGUUUAGGUAUCAGCAAGUAACUACUACUACUAUCAACUAUAAGAGAUUUAACUUGCACUUGGGAAUGCUAAGUUUUUGAGCUACUAUUUUUUACUAAUACUACUACAGUAAGCUUUAAGUGCUUAAGUAAUAAUUCCAUAAUACUCGACUAUUCAAAAUUUACUCCAAAUCAAAGAACUUGUACUUGGUAGUGCUAUGUUUUGGGAUUUUCACUGCUGCUACUACUACUACUAAUAUUACUACAGUAAGCCUUUAAUGCUUCAGUAAUAACAAUACAGAACAAUAUUUGGCUAUUCAAAAGUACUUACCUUUUUGAUAAACCUCCAAAUGGAAGACCUUGUACUUGUACUACAGCUACACAUACAUUAAUACACUCCAAUGGUCCACUAUUUUAAACAGUGUAUGAUCCAAAUACGCCUUUUACUAAUUGAAAAUAAACUUAUAUCUCCGUACCCUCCCUUUAAUAUCUUGAAUAAAAUUAUGGAGAAAUUCAGCGUGUAACCCAUUAAGUGUCGUCUUCACGUGGCUACGAUUUCGAUCUGUAUUUGAAUCUGUAAUCAACGAUGGUUUUUGCUAACGCCUGUGUUCCUACCUCUUAGUUAGAUGGGCUUUUUUGUUUUGACGUUUUUGUGUGCUUGGAUAAUGAGAAGAAGAAAAAAAAAUGAAUUAAUUAAAUAAACGAUCCCAAUUGUGAAAGAAAUGGCAAAGAGAUGAGAUUUUAAGAAUUGUCAGAAAUUUGUUGGGCCAUUACGGAAAGAGAAACUUGAGAGAAACUUAAAUUUUAAGGUCUAAGAGAAUGAGGUUUUGUCCUAAAAUGGGUGUAGAGCCUGAGGAGAUCCUGAAUUCUAUUGUAAUGUAUAUUCAUGAUUACUGUGCACCUGUUGCUUUAAUAUCAAUAAAGUCCAUGAGCACCAGAA